GCUUUUUCGAAUCAUACAUAAACGAUCUUCGCUGCUGCUAGUAGACAGUAUCUUCCUUGAUUUUCUGCGAGAAUAUUUGAAAAGAUGAGUUCCUCACUGAUCGUGGUGUUGUUUCUAUUUGCACUAUCCGCGUGUUUUGAAAACGUAUUAAGUGUGGACCUGACUGAAAAAGAGGGCGAUCUAUCUUAUUGCCAGGAGUUUCGAACGAGAGCGGAUAGAAAUAUAAACUUUUUCAAUUUGGACUAUUUUUUUAAUGACAAAUUGGAAAACGAAACUUUUAGAUACAAACUCUUCAUACAAGGGGACCGCGAUAUUUUCAUUGUUUUGACCGAAACUGAUAGUGUACAGGCGAAUAGUAAACUUUUUGAAUUUGGGUUCAAUACUGGACAACCGCCUGCAGCUACAUUUAAAACUAGCCUAGGUGGAUCUCAAAAAGUUCGGACGGAAGAAAAUUUGCAUCUUUCGAACAAGGUCGCAGUGCCAGUGGUUCUCGUUUUGAAAGAAGAUGGCGAACUACAAUUGUUUGUAUGGGGGAGGUCAUAUCCGUUGUUGAGAUUUCCAGAUACCUCACUGAACCCCAAAUUCAUCAGUUUUACAACGCGAGGAAGUGUCCUGGGCCAGUUUUACUUCAACUGUGCAGACAGACCUCUUGGUCAAGCUGACAAUUCCACUGCCGUUGGGAUUCCAGACGAACAUGCUUAUCCAGUGGUUUAUAUUUCAUUCAGAAUUAGUAAAUUAGCUCGUCGGAAUUCGCAAGUGGAAGUAAAGCUACACUAUAAUAUGACAUUACACAAUCCAGCUACUUUAAGCGAUGCCAAAUCCGGAGUCAAAGAAUUGAUGAUACAGAGCGCCGAAACAGAUUACCAACUUCCCAAGCUUGAAAUAUUCAGCAAUAAUCUAUUAAUCGACAGAGAGGAUCCAUCAUAUAUUCUUACGGUAGACCUUGCCAACAGAGUCAGAGCCACUGCCUCUGAAGAGAUAAAAAUGGAGUGUCGUGAAGUAACGACUGAACGCCUCUAUUGCAACCUAGUAUUUGGUUUAGCUGAACAAAAUUAUCAUUUAACGUAUUUCCCUGGUCAAUCACUAGUCAACCCAACAAUUGCCCAAUUUGCAGAUAUAAAGGUAUUCCAAGCACCAAACUCUUUCAGCACCAGCGAUAUUCCUCUCAGAGGUGAUAUUAUAAUGGAAUUCAAAUUUGAUAAAACUAAAUUUUAGGAUGCAAUUUACUGAUAAAUUUUUGUUGUACAUACAUUUAUGGAUAAUGUAAAUGAAUUUGCUGAGAUAAAUAAAUACCCGUUUAUAUUUUAAA